AGCAAAAUGAAAUUUCUUCUGUUACUUUCAGUCAUUGGGCUCUGCUGGGCUCAGUAUUCCCCAAAUACUCAACAUGGACAGACAUCUAUUGUCCAUCUGUUUGAGUGGCGCUGGGCUGAUAUUGCUAAGGAAUGUGAGAGAUACUUAUCUCUCCAUGGAUUUGGAGGUGUACAGAUUUCUCCACCCAAUGAAAACAUUGUAGUUAACAACCCUUCAAGACCUUGGUGGGAAAGAUAUCAACCAAUUAGUUAUAAAAUAUGCACAAGAUCUGGAAAUGAAGAUGAAUUCAGAGACAUGGUGACUAGGUGCAACAACGUUGGUGUCCCUAUUUAUGUGGAUGCUGUAAUUAAUAACAUGUGUAAUGAAGGUAUGGGUGCAGGAACAAGCAGUACUUGUGGAAGUUACUUCAAUGCUAAGAGGAGGGAGUUUCCUGCAGUUCCAUACUCUGGUUUGGAUUUUAAUGAUGGUAAAUGUAGAGCUAAAAGUGGAAGCAUUGAGACCUAUAGUGAUGCUGCUCAGGUCAGAGAUUGUCGUGUGAUUGGUCUUCUUGAUCUUGCACUGGGGAAAGAUUACGUUCGUACCAAGGUUGCUGAUUAUAUGAACCGUCUCAUCGACAUUGGAGUAGCGGGGUUCAGACUUGAUGCUUCUAAGCACAUGUGGCCUGGGGACAUCAAGGCGGUUUUGGAUAAACUGCAUAAUCUGAACAGAAAUUGGUUCCCUGAAGGAAGCAGACCUUUCAUUUUCCAAGAGGUAAUUGAUCUGGGUGGUGAAGCAAUUAAAAGUAGUGAGUACUUUGGAACUGGCCAUGUGACAGAAUUCAAAUAUGGUGCUAAACUGGGCAGAGUAAUCCGUAAGUUGAAUGGAGUGAAGAUGGCUUCCUUAAGGAACUGGGGAGAAGGUUGGGGUUUGAUGCCUUCUGACAGAGCCCUUGUCUUUGUGGACAAUUAUGCCAGUCAACGUGGAAGUGGGCCUGGAGGAGCAUCUGUUCUUACGUUCUGGGAUGCUAGAUUGUAUAAAAUGGCAGUUGGAUUUAUGCUUGCUCACCCAUAUGGAUUAGCACAAGUAAUGUCAAGCUACCACUGGCCGAGAUAUUUUAAGAAUGGAAAAGAUGUUAAUGAUUGGUUCGGGCCACCCAAUAAUAAUGGAGUAAUUAAAGAAGUAACCAUUAAUCCAGACUCUACUUGCGGCAAUGGCUGGGUUUGUGAGCAUAGAUGGCGUCAAAUAAGGAACAUGGUUAUCUUCAGAAACGUAGUUGAUGGCCAGCCUUUUUCAAACUGGUGGGAUAAUGGUAGCAACCAAGUGGCCUUUGGAAGAGGAAACAGAGGAUUCAUUGUCUUUAACAAUGAUGACCGGCCAUUGUCAUCCACUUUGCAAACUGGCCUCCCUGCUGGCAUAUAUUGUGAUGUCAUUUCUGGAGAUAAAGUUGAUGGUUAUUGCUCCGGAAUUAAGAUCUAUGUUUCCAGUGAUGGCAAUGCUCAGUUUUCUAUUAGUAAUACUGCUGCAGACCCAUUUAUUGCAAUUCAUGUUGGAUCAAGAUUAUAAAAUGCAGAUUAAACACA